ACUUGGCAAGAGCGGUAACGUAACUGUCACGGGCUUCAGAUUCGCGAAUUUGUUCGUUUGUUCAGUGGUGGGAGGUAUAUAUGGUUUUGUGAGUGUCCGCAAAGUUCAGGAGAAGAAACGGUGGAUGAAAACAUCCCGGUAUCUACUGGGAAGCCGUUCCUGUGGCUAUUUGUUAUAGUGUAUCCUCAACUCUAAGUAAAACAGAUGCUCCGGACGGAGUCCGCUGCCGAAUCGAAUGACAAGUCGGAAUAGCUAGCAGUAGUUCUGGACAUAAACAAAAGGUGUCUAAGUUAGUCAAUCAAACAAUUCAGUCAUCAUGUCUGGACCCAACGGAGAUCCCAACAUAUCACUUGACGGGGAUGUGGAUGAAGACGAGCUCAAUGAAGAAGAGUAUGCAGCCAUAAACUCGAUGCUCGACCAGAUCAGCUCGUGCCUCGACGACUUGGAGGAGCGCAACGAUGUGCUGAACGGCAAGCUGCACGAGCUGCUGGAGUCCAAUCGGCAGGCGAGGAAGGAGUUCCGGGAGCAGCUGAGCGGCUCUCCUUCAGGAGAGCAGGAGAUGCCUGGUGUUCGUGACUCUUCGCCUCCUGAAGGAGAACAGGGAGGAAAGUGAGGAUGGCUGCAACUUGAGAAUGAAAUUCAGGCCCAACUUGUCAACACACCUGUAGUGAUUUGCUAUCAUCAGCUGUCUGUGUGGGAACCUGGGGAAUGGUGGUUUUGGGGCAUAUUCCAGCAAUGAAAAAGGCUCUCUGAAACUGUACAAUGCAGUAUAGAAUAUACUCUUAGGUUCUGAUUUGUCUUGAACUCAAUCAGGUUCCUGUAGACAUGGUUCCUGCAGUGUCCAAGCUGAGCCAAACACUUCAGAUGACUCCAGCAGAUUAGCAUUUUAUAAGGAAGAAAAUAAAAUGUUUUUGGUGGGUCUCGUUUCCUCUUCUGAAUUGUUGUAACGUAGUAAUGGCACCAAAUGUUUAAGUAUACUACCUAAGUAGUGAUGUAAACAUUGGCAUCCUACAGUUAUGUUAUUUCCAAACUCCACAAACACUUGUCUUUUUUGUGUGUAAAAGUGCAAUAUACUAGAUCCAGUCCAAUAAUGCAUUCCAGUUUGAAGAGCAAUAGACAUUAAUGACCAUCAGAUUUCUUAUUUAUAUUGGUAACCAGUAUGCUGGGAAUUCUUGUAGCAUUGUAUUGUAAAAGAGUACUAUUGGUAAUAAAAUAUUGCUACCUGAAAAGUACCAUGUUUAUAAUGAGUAAAUUGAGUCAGUCAACAUGUCUUCCAGCUAGCUACCCAAUAUUUUAAUCUACAUAUAUACUAUAUAUAAAACAAAUUCUCCAAAAUAUGGAGUGUAAGAAACAAAAAAUGAAAAUGUUAUAAAACUACAGAUCAGUGCUGAUGCUACUCUGUGCAAUUCUGUUUGACUUGACUUUAAGAUGAGUUGAUGUGAGAUUUUAGAGGAAGUUGUUUUUGCUGUUGCUGUACUUGUACGUAUUAGAAUAACCAGCUGUGGACCAUGACAGCUCGGAAGUUCCUUAGUUCCAGGCACACUUCCUUCUUGGGAACAAUAACAUGUGACUUUUUUUUUCUUAAAUAAAUCAUCUAGUGUUGAACUGAGAAGAUCAUGUGAAAUGAAUCAGCUGCACACUUUUUCAGUGCCAUUGGUACUCUAACUGUAGAACACUUUAAUUUUACUCUUCUUACAUAAAGAUAUCAGUGGUCUGAAUCACAGUGGCUGAUCAUUUUGCUAUCACUACAGACCUGAUUGUCUGAACCGCCUAAAAGCUGUGAUCUCAGAUUCUUGAAUGGAAACGACAGAUACACCCACUAACAUUAACGGACUUGAGCUGGUAGCACA